AAUUAAAUCAAGCUUGGGCUUAAUUUAAAGGAAAACCACCACCUCCUCCACCUCUUCCACAAGAAGUGAUAUAAGAAGACCGAAAAGCCAAGAGCCGUGUACCUGGCUUGGAAGCUGGUGCGGAGAUCGGAGUGAGGUUCGGAAACCGCUUUUGGGGAGUUCGCAAUUCGAUAUUUAUUGUCCAGAAUCGACGGCGAUGAUGAAUUCGGACGGCUGUCAUCAGCUUUGGUUUUUGAACUGAAAUUUGAAGAAAUGGGGAGUAGGGUUCAGCAGCACUACGCCAUGAGAUCGCCGCCCGCCAAUUCCUAUAUUGGCAACGCUCUUCACGACCUCAACACCGCCGACGCUGCUCGCCCCGCCGCAGAGAUCGACUCCAUCGAUGGUGAUUCCGUCGCUGAAGAUACCCACCUCCGCGAGGACGACGGCUCCGGCGCCGUUGUCGACGGCUGUAUGCACGAAGCGUAUACCAAUUCUUUGCCUCUUCACUCGGUUCGCCUUGGAGUUGAAGACGAUCGCUCCGCCAGCAGUGGCGGCGGCUCUUCCACUUCCAGGGCUCCCUACUGUCUCUUGUCACUUCAAGAUGUUUCGCCCAUCGAAUCGGCUAGGGCACGGUUUCUGCAACUGAUUGUGGAUCAUUUUAUUAGUGAACAUGUGGUUGAAGUGCCUAAUUCUGAGGCUGCUUCUUCUGCUGAGUACAAUGGUGCUCUGUCUCACUCUGGGCAAGAAAAACUAAACAAGAGGAAGCCUGGAGAGGUGCGGUAUGAAGGCAACCCCAGGCUGGCUUUGCCAUUGAUGUAUGUGGCAAAUAUGUACCAAACUUUGGUUAACGAUGCGAAUAUUAGGCUUUCAAGCUUGAGUGGAUUUCGAGAGAAGACAAUUGGGGUUGCGCUUGAAGCAUCUGGUGGGUUGUACAGAUGCUUGGCGAAGAAGUUUCCCAAAAAAGGAUCGCGUACAUUUAGAAGAAGAGAGUUGGCCACAUCCGUUGAAACGAGGACGAGAUUUCCAGAGUUGGUCAUACAAGAAGAGAAGCGAGUUCGUUUUGUGGUAGUCAAUGGUUUGGAUAUUGUUGAAAAGCCUACUAGGAUGCCUACUGAUGAUGCUGAGUGGUUCAAACGGUUGACUGGUCGGGAUGAAGUAGCAGUCUAUGCUCGAGACUUUAAGUUCUACUCUCCAAGACACAAGUAUAGACGUGUUGCAUCAAACUCCUCGCCUAAUAGUAUCGCCAGUUUACCUACAUUUCCUGGCACUGAUAAUUCUUCCAUGUUGGCUGCUGCUCAGGGAUUCCGCUCCACAAGUGAACCACAGAAUCAGCAAACGACUCCUUCGUGUAAGCAUCAUAUGCAACCCUUGUCGCACCAGCCUCAGUUUCAGCCUGUUUACCAGACUCAUCACCAAUCCAUCAACCAAAGUCCGCAUGCUGUUCAUUAUUCUCAAAACCAUCAAUGCGGUGCUACCUCGCACCUGCCUGAAAUCGCUCAUGCUCACCAUUCCCCAACCAUGUCGCAACACAUGGUUUGCUUACAACCCCUCACUGGAGGCCACGUAGGGGGACGUUUGCAUGUGUUGCCAUCCAGUCCUGCCAAGUUUUGCGAUGAAUGUGGGGCGCCGUACUUGAGAGAAACCUCCAAGUUCUGCUCUGAAUGCGGCGUUAAGAGGUUGGGAGUAUAAUACGGUCUCUAGACGCUCUACAAACCAGCCAUCGACAUGUUCUUCUCGGUUUCCUUCUUCUUUACGUUGGCCGUCCGCCAUCUCAAAAGCAAGCAUGCCAGCCUCCGUGCAAACGGCCUGCGCCAUGGAAAAAUAAAUGACCAUAAAGAUGCGACUUAUUCAUAUGCAUCGAGUUUUAUUAAUUUCGAGUUCGAUCCAUUCAAAACAAAUAUGUAUCCUCCCUCGCUUCAAGGAGAAACCUUUUGAUUCUAACUGAAAAUGGAUGGUGGGUUAAUUUGAU